CAAAAGGCCAAAAUUGAUGUUUUUAUAGCUAUUGGAACGCUGAAUUUGUAUUUUUUUCACUAAUCACUCCAAAGUGAGACUUCUGUAGCUUUGUGUGACUAAAAACUUGAAGAGAGUGACAGAAGUCUCCAAACAAUCCUCCUUUUCUCGAUUUACGCUUAAUUCUCAAUCUUGUUGAAGGAAAUCUGAGGUUUUGUAAGCUUACAAUUUCCCCAUUUUUGGGUUGAGAAACAAUUGAUCUUCUUUUCUUCUCAUUGAGGAGUCUGAUUUUCUAAGAUGAAAUUUCUGAGCAUUGUAUUGUUUUGUCAAAUGGGAAUGCUCUCUUUUACAUGAUGGGUAGUUUAGUGGUGUUGCAUGUCUUGUUUUUGUUGAAUUUCGUCCAUUAAUUCCAUUAUGCGCCUUCUUCCGACCACUGCUGCUGCCAGCUGCUGGUUCUCUACUGCCGAGUGCCCACUUCUGCUGCCCUAAAAUUAUAUACUCGCAAGGACUACUGCUGACGACCUGCCGUGAAGUCAAACCACCAGGUGACCAGGACCACGGCCAGACUGACAGACUACCAAGACCAGUAGACCACCUGCCGUGUAGGUUUCAAUCCAAUUUCAGAUGGGACUUGAGGGGAAAGGUGGACUAGGAAGCAGUAGCAAUGGUAAAGAAUUGUUUGAUGAUAUUGACAUGGAGAUGUUGUGGGACGAUGAAGAUUCAGAGGAUGAUGUUGAUGUCAUGGACAUGGAUUUGCAUGAUCUUGGUGAAGUUUCCUUGAUGAACUUUUGUAAGAAAGCUUCAUCAGCCUUCUUUAAGCAAUAUGGUCUCAUCAAUCAUCAAAUCACUUCAUACAAUACCUUUGUCCGCAGUGGUAUUCAGAAAGUGUUUGAUGCCAUUGGUGAGAUUACCAUCAAUCCAGGUUAUGAUCCGUCAAAGAAGGGCGAGGACGGAUGGAGAUAUGCUUCAAUCAGAUUUGGGAAGGUGGAGCUUGAGCGUCCAAUGUUUUGGACAGGGGAGAAGUUCCACGCUGAUGGUGGUAAAGAUUACAUCAAUUUGCUUCCCCGACAUGCUCGCCUUCAAAACAUGACUUAUUCGGCAAGAUUGAAAGUUGAGACUCACCUUCAGAUUUAUUCACAAGAGAAGGUCAAAAGUGACAAAUUCAAAACUGGGAAGUCCGAGUAUGUAGACAAGAGGAUACUGAAAGAUGUUACCACUGAUGUCAUUGUUGGAAGAAUCCCAGUAAUGGUAAAGUCUGAUAUCUGCUGGAUGAGUGAAAUUGAAAAAGGUGAUUGUGAAUUUGAUCAUGGUGGCUAUUUUAUAGUCAAGGGUGCUGAGAAGGCAUUCAUUGCACAAGAACAGAGCUGCUUGAAGAGGCUGUGGAUUUCUAAUGAUCCCUACUGGAAAGUGCAAUAUCGUUCUGAGUUCAAGAGGAGAAGGGUGCAUGUUAAAUUAGUGGAGAACCCGAAAGCUGAAAAUAUCCAAGGAGGAGAAAAAGUCAUUAGCGUGUACUUCUCAGUGGUGGAGGUUCCUAUUUGGAUUCUUUUCUUUGCCCUGGGUGUGCAGUCGGACAAGGAGGUGGUGGAAUUGAUUGAUUGUGACACUGAUGAUGGUCGCAUAAGUAAUAUUCUGUUUGCGUCAAUCCAUGAUGCUGACGAGAAGUGUGAGGGCUUUCGUGUCAAACCCAAGGAUAUGGAUUUUAGUCCCAGAGCUAUGGAGUUCAUCGACAAAGCUGUACGAGAAAGCAAAUUUCCUCCUGAGGAAUCCACUAGAGAAUUCAUUGAUACUAACCUUUUCCCUAGUCUUUCGGGAAACAAGCAGAAGGCCCGUUUUCUUGCAUAUAUGGUGAAGUGUCUGUUGCAAGCAUUUUCAGGAAGGAGAAAGUGUGAUAAUAGGGAUGAUUUUCGAAAUAAGCGACUGGAGUUGGCUUCUGAGCUGUUGGAAAGAGAACUUAGGGUCCACAUGAGGCAUGCUGAGAAGCGGAUGGUGAAAGCUAUGCAGCGGGACCUUUAUGGGGACCGUGAUUUGCAUGCUAUUGAGCAUUACUUGGAUGCAUCAAUAGUCACAAAUGGUCUGACAAGAGCCUUUUCCACUGGGGCAUGGGCACAUCCUUUCAAGAAGUCAGACAGGGUUUCUGGUGUAGUGGCAAAUCUGAGGCGAACUAAUCCGUUACAAAGUAUUUGUGAUAUGAGGAAAUCCCGUCAACAGGUUUCGUACACAGGAAAGGUUGGGGAUGCCCGAUAUCCACAUCCCUCUCAUUGGGGAAAACUCUGCUUCCUGUCUACCCCGGAUGGUGAGAACUGUGGUCUGGUGAAGAAUAUUGCUGCAACUGGACUUGUCAGUAGCAAUAUUAUGAAGGAGGAAUACCUAUUACUUCUUGACACGAUGGUUAACUGUGGAAUGGAGAAGCUAGUAAAUGACACAUCUACAUCGCUGAGUGGAAAAGACAAGAUUCUAGUUGAUGGUGAAUGGGUCGGAGUGUGUGUAAAUUCCCUCUCCUUUGUUCAGGAAUUAAGGAAAAAGCGUCAGAGGCGGCGUUUGCCAAGCCAGGUUGAAAUCAAACGAGAUGUUCAGAAUGCAGAAGUGCGAAUAUUCUGUGAUACUGGGAGAAUUCUUCGACCCCUUUUAGUAGUUGAAAAUUUGAAGAAGAUAAAGUUAUUAAAAGGGAGUGAUUUUUCUUUUGAAACACUUCUAGACAAAGGAAUUAUUGAAUUGAUCGGGGCGGAAGAGGAAGAAGAUUGCCACACUGCAUGGGGAAUUAAAUUCCUCUUCGAAGAUAAGGGAAAAGACGUCAAAUACACUCACUGUGAGCUUGAUAUGUCCUUUUUAUUGGGUAUAAGUUGUGGUAUCAUUCCCUUUGCCAAUCAUGAUCAUGCUAGGAGGGUUUUAUACCAAUCCGAGAAGCAUUCUGGACAAGCUAUCGGAUUUUCCAGCACAAACCCAAAUAUUAGAGUCGAUACCUUGUCCCACCAAAUGUACUACCCUCAAAAGCCGCUUUUCCGAUCUGCUAUUUCUGAUUCUCUCGGAAAUUCAUUAGGCAAUCAAAUACUUCCCAAGGCAGAAUUUUUUAAUGGCCAAAAUGGCAUUGUGGCUGUGAACGUGCACCUAGGGUACAAUCAAGAAGAUUCGAUCGUUAUGAAUCGUGCUUCCUUGGAACGAGGCAUGUUUAGAACUGAGCAUAUCAGGAGCUACAAGGCUGAAGUUGACAACAAUGAAUCAUCUGAUAAGAGGCGUAAGUUUGAUGACACUGUUAGUUUUGGGAAAAUCCAGAGCAAAAUAGGACGUGUUGACAGUCUUGAUGAUGACGGAUUUCCAUUUAUUGGAGCAAACUUGCAUAGUGGAGAUAUUAUUAUUGGCAGGUGUGCAGAAUCUGGGGCUGAUCAUAGUGUCAAACUGAAGCAUACAGAACGAGGAAUGGUGCAGAAAGUCGUCUUGUCAGCUAAUGACGAUGGAAAGAAUUUUGCUGUUGUAUCGCUUAGACAGGUUCGUUCACCUUGUCUUGGUGACAAGUUUUCAUCCAUGCAUGGGCAAAAGGGUGUCCUGGGUUUUCUGGAGUCUCAGGAGAAUUUUCCGUUCACAAAACAAGGGAUAGUGCCGGAUAUUGUUAUCAAUCCGCAUGCGUUUCCCUCUAGACAAACUCCCGGCCAACUUCUGGAGGCUGCCUUAGGGAAAGGUAUUGCUUGUGGUGGCACAUUGAGAUAUUCGACCCCUUUCUCUACUCUUUCAGUUGAAGCCAUAACAGAGCAGCUUCACAGGGCUGGAUUCUCGAGAUGGGGGAACGAAAGGGUCUACAAUGGUAGAACAGGCGAGAUGAUCCGCUCCCUUAUAUUCAUGGGACCUACCUUCUACCAGCGUCUGAUUCAUAUGGCGGAAGACAAAGUAAAGUUUCGCAACACAGGCCCUGUCCAUCCUCUGACUCGUCAGCCGGUGGCAGACAGGAAACGUUUUGGAGGCAUCAAGUUUGGGGAGAUGGAGCGGGAUUGUUUGAUCGCUCAUGGUGCUUCAGCCAACCUUCACGAACGGCUCUUCACUUUGAGCGACUCGUCCCAGAUGCACGUUUGCAGGAGGUGCAAGAACUUAGCAAAUGUGAUCCAGAGGGCAGUUCCCGGAGGCAAGAAGAUCCGAGGUCCAUACUGUAGAUUCUGCGAAACUCUAGACGAUAUUGUGAAGGUGAGUGUUCCGUAUGGUGCAAAAUUAUUGUGUCAGGAACUGUUUAGCAUGGGUAUUUCUCUUAGAUUUGAGACUGAUCUUUGUUAAUCCUUCACUAAUCUUCUGCUGUUAGUGUUUAUCUGUGUAAAAUAUCUAAAUCUGGUAAUCUGCUACUUGUAUUUUGAAUCUUUGAAAUUGUGCUGUCAAAAUAAUGUGGUUGUUUUUAGGACAUGACA